GCCGCCGCCGCCGCCGAGGAGGAGAGAGCGGGGGGCUCUUUUGCAAGCGGAGCUCGCGGGCGCCCUCUAGGGGAGCCCAGGGAGCUUCUGAAGACCAUGGACUCCUUCUGAAAGCCCGAUGAGAAGGCCAAGCAUUGUCCACCACAGGCCAUGUCCACUACAGGCAUUGCGGCCCAGGAGGUCAACCUCUCCUUGAACCCCGGCUUUCUCCGUAAUGGAAGCCUGGAGGCCUGUUGCCGUCGCCACAACAGCCAGCUUGCAAACCCUUUCUUCCACGUGGACUCCGUAGCAAUGGCUUGCAACCUAAACCCAGGACCGCAUCCCCUGACCUCCGUUGGCCAUGUCUCCUGUCCCGAUCCAGAUGGCGGUACGAGCUUCCUCUUGAGAGCCAGCCCUUCUCUCCUUCGCCCUCCUGCUCCUUCCGCCUCCGAAGACCGCCUCGUUUCCAGCUUCGGUGGACUUUCUCUGACCAUGAACCGGAACUCUGACGAAACGCCUUCUCAAAUCCCGGGGAAGAGCGGGCCCCUCCUCUCCCUUCCCCUGUCUUCGGUGGAGCGAAGCGCCCGUCCACUGCCACCUCUGCCCAUCGCCGAAAACUUCCUGCACGACGAAGUGGAUCGAGAAGUGGAGUUCCUGACCAGUUCGGAUACCGACUUCUUGCUGGAGAACUGCGCGAGUCCCAGUUUUAAGCUUUCAGCUCAGGGUAGGCGCAGUUUCAGGGGCUGCGGCCAGAUUAACUACGCCUACUUCGACGCUCCGGCAGAGGUGAAGCCGCAACAGCCCAGCUGUCCAGAGAGCACCUGUCCGCCCCCUCCACCGCCACAACAACAACCUCACCGCCGGCUCCGCCGUUCUCAUUCAGGCCCUGCUGGGUCCUUCAACAAACCGUCAGUCAGGGUCUCUAGCCACCUCUGUCGUUCGUCUCCCAGCUCCGAUGACGACAAACCCGAGGUUCCCCCCAGGGUACCUCUGCCUCCCCGGCCCCUCAAACCUGAUUAUCGGAGGUGGUCGGCCGAAGUGACCUCCAGCGCGUAUAGCGACGAGGACAAACCGCCCAAAGUCCCUCCGCGGGAACCUCUGCCCUGGAGCCAUUCUCGGACGCCGAGUCCCAAAACGUUGCCGGCGUAUCUCCACGGGGUCAUGCCUCCGACGCAGAGUUUUGCCCCGGAUCCGAAGUACGUCAGUAGCAAAGCUCUCCAGAGGCAGAACAGCGAAGGUUCAUCCCACAAGGUGCCCUGUAUUCUCCCCAUCAUCGAAAACGGCAAAAAAGUCAGCUCCACUCACUACUACCUCUUGCCCGAGAGACCCCCUUAUUUGGACAAAUAUGAGAUGUUCUUCCGGGAAGCAGAAGAGGGCAGCUUGAGGCCGGAGGAGGGACGGCGGCAGGCGGGCCCCGAAGCUGCCACUCUGGUCAAGGCUGACUUGGGAGGACUAGUCAAACGCAAACAUUUGGCGUGUAUGGUUUCUCCCUAGGGGGCCAGUGGUGACAGGACAGCGGUGAACGUUGAAAAGUUUUUGAAUCCGAGAACAGCGACAACUUCUCCAAGGACCCUGUGUAGAGACUGGACAUAAAAGGGGAGGUGGAGACGUCAGUGCUGGAGCCUCCUGGACGGACGGCAAUGGUAGCUACGGCUCAACUGCCGACACCCAGGAGGAGGAGACUUGGAAGGACGACAAGUCCUACACAACUGAGAUUGGCCAGUUAUUGAAUAUUCGAGAGCUGCGGUCUCCGACCUUUACGGCUUUACGAACCGGUGAGGGGUGGAAGUGGGAUGGUUCCACGCGAAUGCAUGCAGCUCCCUUUGUGCGACUGGUGGGCACGCACGUCUCCCACUCGCACAAAUGGCAUCGUGCGUGCCUGCUGUCCUGCCUGCUUCCACGUCCCGGUUCCUGAACGGGCCACUGCUUGGUAGCGGGCUGCGGCCCCCGGGGUUGGGGAUCCCCGUUCUAGAAUAAUAUAUAUGUAGUAACUCACCUAAGUUAGAACGACCAAAUUGUAGUCCUGCUGAGGUGACUGGUGGCUUUAACUGAAAGCCCAGAAGUUCAGUAUUUUUUUUUGUGGGUGUUAAUAGACGUUUUUCCACUUUGGGGGGUAGAUAGAUUUUUAAAUUAUUUCUGUCCCGGGAUGUUCUGUCUUCUCUGUUCCUUUUGGGGAUGGGCGGGGGAAAACACGGCCAUGGACAGAGUUGGGCCGCCCACCCACUUCCCUGUCCCUUGGCUUGUCCCUUCUUUGGUCUUGUUCCGUGGGCUGCGCAGCCAUCUACAUUUUUGAGGUCCAAGAAAGAUUUAUUUGAUUUCUUUAGAUCAGCGGUCCCCAAACUUUCUAGCUUGGUGGUCCGGCCCCCAGGGGGGGAGGAGGACAGGGAGAGGAGAUGGUUUUGUGCAGUGGUGGAUUUCAACCGGUAGCAGCGGUGGGAGGCUCCACCCACUUGCCCGGACGUCAUCACGGACGCUCUGCACGAAGCAAACACGCACACACACGCGCUCACAGUUCCAAACCGGUAGCAAAGGUAAGUGAAACCCACUUCUGGUUUCGUGUCUCCAUUUGGGCUUGCACAAAAGGACCUUCGUGCUCGAGCGGAGCACCCACGGUUCACGCAAGUGCGUGAGAGCCCGCCACUCACGCGCAAGUAAAGCUACGGACGUGUGUAGAGUCGCUCGCCGCUGGUACGGCCCAGUUCCAAAAACGGGGCCCGCCCCGGGGGGGGGGGGGGGGUUGGGGGGGUCAACCCUCAACAGCUCUGCGUUUCUGCAGCUGCUGAGGGCUUUGUGUGACUGCACAACAACUCAAAAGAUGCAUUCCGACUCGGCCACAAUAUUUGUUUGAAAAGGGGGACCAAUUGUUUCGAUAUAGAGCCGUUCUUGAUUGUGGGGUCACGAAUCUUGGGAACGGAGCCUGCUCGGUCCCACUUUUGAAUAAUUUCUGAUCCACGAAAGGUUUCAUUCCACAUUCAACAUGCCCACUGGAUAAAUUAGCAGGAGGCCAAAACGUACGCUCCGAUCAAGGUCCGUCCUGGUGGUUUUUUUCGAGUGGGGGGAUUAACACAAACCCUCAUUGUUUACACUUCCCGAUCCGCUAAAAUGGGGAACAUUUUCUGUGUCUCUCUUUUUUUUUUCUUCUUCUUUCCUGACAUUUUAGGAAAGCUGACCGUUCUAAUCCAAACGAAAAUGAAGGUUAAAUCACAGAAACAAUGCACUGAAAAACUUCGGUCUGGGGUGUACAGUUGUCGAGGGGAUUUGUGUUCAGUUGUAUUUUGGAGAUAUAUAUAUAUUGUCACGUCUUGGAUUUAAUAAAGUUAUGACAUACUUA